CAUACACUCCCGGCUCUCCCCUCCGCCCGGGUUGAAACUGCCUUGCGCUCUGCGGGCGUCUUAUAUAGUCCGUUUCAAACUCACCAUGAGAAUCUCGGGAGCUUCCCAUCUCUCUCCAGGUCUGUCUUGCCCCCGAUUGCAGCGUCUCUCGCAGCGAGCGGGGGCGAGGACGCGCUACUUUGCAGCCUGAAAAAGAGGGGAAAGGAAGAGAAAGCGGGGGAUUCCUUGCGAGAAGCCAGAAGAAAGCCGGCAGAGGGAGGAGAUGGAUGGUGGGGAGACUCGGGCGUUCCUAACUCCGCCAGCUCAUUCCAGGAUGGUGCUCCAAAAGGAUUCGUUCCCCUACAUUUGAUUCUUCUCCUCUCCUGCUUCUUUGCCCAGGAGUUAGAGACCUUAAGAUGUCUUUGGCGUUGGGGCUGCUGGGCUUAGUUCUUCUGCAUACAGCCCUUUGCAAUUACUCAGAAGAUCAGUGUAGCUGGAGGGGGAGUGGUCUGUCGCAGGAAUCGGGCAGCGUGGAACAGAUCUCCUUGCACUGUGCUGAGGGAUCCUUGGAGUGGUUGUAUCCAGCGGGAGCCCUGCGCCUGAGCCUUUUCCCCCGCCUUCCCACGGGCACCACCGGCAGAGAGAACCCCAGACGGGUGACAGCCUGCAUCAAGUCCUCCAACAGCUUCCGAGGAGCUCAGAUUUACUUGGAGAGGGACGGUGUCUUGGAGCUCCUCCUCUCGGAGGCCGACGCUACCUUGCAGCCCAAGGUGCGCUGUUUUAGCUGGCUGCCCAAGGAGAAGGUUGCCCUGUUCCUCCAGUCCACCUUGCACCAAGACAUCAGCCGCCGGAUCGCUGCCUUCCGCUACGAGCUGCGGGGUGACUGGAACUCCCGCUUCUCGUGGCCGUCCAGAAACCUCAGCAUGGAAGAUGCAGGGAGCUGCCGUCCGUGUAACAACACUGAGAUUCUGAUGGCCGUUUGCACUAGUGAUUUUGUCAUCCGUGGCAAUAUCCGGACAGUCUCCAAUGACAUGGAGUCGCAAGAAUCCAUCAUCAGUGUCAGUGCCACCCGGAUCCACCGCCAGAAGUUUGCCUUGUUCCAACCGGUUGGCAAAUAUGGGAAAUCCACGGGCAGCAUCCGUACUCUGCUGCGGUGUGGAGUGAAGCCGGGACCUGGCAGCUUCCUUUUCACUGGGUGGCUGCAUUUUGGGGAGGCUUGGCUCAGCUGCGCUCCUCGCUACAAAGACUUCCGCCACAUCUAUGAGGGUGCGCGCCAAGCUCACGAAAACCCCUGUGAAGUCUCCUUGGACUGAUUUGUUGAUGGGAAAUGGGUGGCAGGAGUCGAUUUUGCCAGGAGGGCAGGAUCCACACACACAAACCACACCGUGACCAUGCUGGAAAUGGCAUUUCCUGGCUUAACAGUGGGAGACGAGACCUGUCUUUUGAACCUAGAGGGAAACAAGCUCUUUUCUUUCCUGUAUGAGACUGAUGGCCCUACCCAUAACUUUCUCAUUGGGUCUUUCCAGCAAAGGGAGGAAUUGUAGGCCAAGCGAAAGGGCAACUGAGCUGCUCUCUGGUUAGGUUGGAACAUGCCACAAAUUGCAUAAAGGGAAUUGAGACUCUCCCAGUGUGGGAAAUGUUGUCUUGCUCAGGACUUCUUUAUCCUAUUAUUUACUGGAGCGCCAAAUCAAACCCACACCUAAAAAUAAGUGCAUGAUGCCCUUCCCGAGUUCUGCCCCCCAGCAAACCCCUAAUGCUAUCGCCUAUGGAUCGCAUAUGCAUUACCAUCCCUCCCAACAGGAAAUAGCAUCACAGACAAGGAGACACUUCAUUCGCUGCUCCUGCCUCCUUCCCAGUUUCUGGAUGAGCUAAGGAAGCCUGCAAAGCGACCUCGUCUGUCUCUCCCUUCUGCGGCUUCCUUGACAAGAGAAACACCAGGAUUGCAUCUCGGUCAGUGACCAAAAACAUAACAGGAAUGAGAUUCCCUUUUGAAAAAGUACAGUCUUGGUUUUCAUUGGCACACCUUCAUUCAAUCAAACGUGGCAGAAGACAUCAGGUAGGAAGACAAAGUGAGCAAGCAGUAGAAGUGAGAAGUCUGUUUGCCCCUUCUUGGGCAGGCGGUUUUGUAGGCGGGCCUCAGACUUCCAUGUGAAUGGCAGGCCGGAUCGUUUCCUGCUGCUAAAUCAGCCAAUGGUGGCAGGAAUUUGGAAGGUGUUCCCCUGGGCACAGGACCAACCGCCCAGUGGCAGCGUUUAGCCCUACGCCCAGGGCCAGGAUAUAUUGCGGGCCUGCCUGGCCCUUCUCUUCCUGCGCUGGUUCUGGAGGGCCAGGCUCCAUUGCAUCGCAUCGUGGAAUUUUCCUACCUGAUUGAAUUGUGGAUCCUGGACUGUUCAUUCCUGCUGGUGUGCUUUGCUCACUGCACACCUUGUUUUAAAAAAGCCUGCAUCAGUGUAACACUUGAGAUGCCACAGAUAUGGCUGUAGUUCAAAGGCGGGCAACCUGUGGGCCCUGCAUAUGUUGCUAGACUCCCAACGCCCAUCAUUUGCAACCAGCACGGCCAGUGUUGAGGGACGAUGAACUUGUAGGUACACCAAAAUCCUGCAGGGCUACAGGUUCCCCAACCCUAUUAUAAUCAACCUUUCAUUUUUCUCUGCCCCUAUGAAUCCCAAAUCUAGAUAAUCUAGUCCAUUGGAUAUGGAUUUCUAACCCUGCUUCAAUGAUGAGCUCAGGUGUUAAGGACCCAACCCCAGGUGCUGUUGCAGCUUUUCCUGGUAAAAUUUAAUUCCCUGUCCCUAACCUAGGGGUGCACCCCUUGCCUCUCUCCAGAUGUUGUUGGACCCCCCCUGUUGUGGUGUGGGUUUUUUGUAUGUGUCAUUUUUUUCCUUUUGCUUGUUUGUUCUUACAUAUUUGAAAACCUAACAAAAACAAAUUUAAAAAUACAGUUUCAGAAAAUGCAAAACAAACAAGCAAGCAAAAGAAUUUAAGCUUGAGAAAUUAGCCUGUCUACAAACCACCUUAAAUCAGUUUUAUUAAUCCAGUUUAAAUUAAACCACUGAAAAUCUCAGUUUAGGUAAGCCCUUAAAACUAGUUUUCAGUCCAGUAAUUAUUAUUAUUAUUAUUUUUACAAGUGAGGAUUGAAGGAGUAUCAUGUGCACUAAAGUUAUAACGAUACCAAAUUUGAGAUUUUGUUUUUUUAAAUCUAAAUUCUAUUGUAAGGUUUAUGUGUAUGUGUGGUUUCUUUCAUUUUCUUUUCUUUUAAAAAGUGAAAUGUUAAUAUAAAGUGAAUCACCACAGUCAGAGAGACACUGCCAGAUGCAUUUGGGCCGUCUGUAGUAAUUUUUAGACCAAAAGCAAAACAAAAUGCUAAGAAGAUCUGUAAUAUUUUAAAUAUAGUUUUUGUACAUAUUCAUGUCUGUGUACAGGUCAAGAGAGACAAAUCUGACUCUAUGUAGCUUGUAAUGGUGGGAUUUCUUUUCCAUUAUUUGUUCUUUUUUAAUCUUGCAUUUGUCUUGGGGCUGGGAGGGUACAUUAAAAAUGCCUCUUAGUAA